AUGGACACUGAUCUCAGUUCCCAGGACAGGAAGGACCUGGACAAGUUCAUCAAAUUUUUUGCAUUAAAGACAGUACAAGUAAUUGUCCAGGCCCGACUUGGAGAGAAAAUCUGUACCCGAUCAUCAUCCUCCCCAACAGGCUCUGACUGGUUCAAUUUGGCAAUCAAAGAUAUACCAGAGGUUACUCAUGAAGCAAAGAAAGCCCUGGCAGGACAACUACCUGCUGUUGGACGGUCUAUGUGUGUGGAGAUUUCUCUCAAAACCUCAGAGGGGGACUCCAUGGAGCUGGAAAUUUGGUGUCUAGAAAUGAAUGAAAAAUGUGACAAAGAAAUCAAAGUUUCAUACACCGUAUACAACAGGCUGUCUCUGCUGCUGAAGUCUUUGCUCGCUAUAACUAGGGUAACUCCAGCCUACAGACUCUCAAGGAAACAAGGCCACGAAUAUGUAAUAUUGUACAGGAUAUAUUUUGGUGAAGUGCAACUGAGUGGCUUGGGAGAAGGUUUCCAGACAGUCCGUGUUGGGACAGUGGGUACCCCAGUGGGCACCAUCACUUUGUCUUGUGCCUACAGAAUCAACCUCGCGUUCAUGUCAACCAGGCAGUUUGAGAGGACCCCUCCUAUCAUGGGGAUUAUCAUUGAUCACUUUGUGGACCGUCCCUAUCCCAGCUCUUCACCCAUGCAUCCCUGCAAUUACAGAGCUGGUGAGGACAAUGGUGCAGUAUACCCCUCAGUAGAAGAUUCCCAAGAAGUGUGUACCACGUCUUUUUCCACCUCUCCUCCAUCUCAGUGUGUUUUUACUGUCACAAAGGCACAUUUUCAGACCCCUCCUCCUGUGGUGACGGACACCUUGAAGGUCCCAGUGAUGGGACUGGCCUUUUCACAUCAACUUUCCAGCUCUCGUCUUUCCUAUCAGCCUGCUGCCCUGGGAGUUGGAUCAGCUGACAUGGGGUAUCCUGUACUCUUUGCUGGUGGCUUGAAUGCUGCACACCCUCACCAGUUGAUUGGUCCAGGCAAAGAGGGGGGAGUUCCCCCGAUUCCUAGCCAGCCAGCACAUGGCACUCAAGCUGACCAAGAGAGAAUGUGCACCCCCCUGGAUGGAGUCCACUACUCAGCAGCUACUCCUUCUAGUAGUGAGGACACAGAAACAGUAUCAAACAGCAGCGAAGGGAAGUGUGGCUCCCCACAUGACCUUUUGGAAACCAUCUUUAUCCGGAAGGUUGGAGCUUUUGUCAACAAACCCAUUAACCAGGUGACCAUGGCCAACUUAGACAUUCCUUUUGCCAUGUUUGCUCCCAAGAAUGUUGAGCUGGAAGAUAACGACCCCAUGGUCAAUCCUCCUGACUCCCCAGAAACUGAAUCUCCUCUACAAGGCAGCUUACACUCAGAGGGCUCCAGUGGCAGCAGCACAGGGAACACCCAUGAUGACUUCGUUAUGAUUGACUUUAAACCAGCAUUUUCAAAAGAUGACAUUCUUCCAAUGGACCUGGGGACGUUUUACCGUGAGUUUCAGAACCCCCCUCAACUCAGCAGCCUCUCCAUUGACAUUGGAGCGCAGUCCAUGGCAGAGGAUUUGGACUCGUUACCAGAGAAGCUAGCAGUCCACGAGAAAAAUGUCAAAGAGUUUGAUGCCUUUGUAGAAACCUUGCAGUGAAGCUGUUUCCCAGUUUUGCUGCAGCAGUUCUUCCUCCUCAAGGCAUCCCAGAGAAUGACACCGACAAAUAUCUCUAUUGCCCCUGCUCUGCCUUUUGUCUCACUUUGACUAGGUCCUUCCAUCAAGUGAGCUUUCUUUGAUCGCUCUCUUCAACAGCAGAUGCAGCUCAUUGCUGAUUGUCCUCAACUACACCACCACAUAGUUCUGGACCGCUUUUCCUGCUCACAGUCAGUUUUGAAUUUAAGACUUUAGUAGGGACACAGGAAGUCAAAACUCCAAUGUAUGAAACUGAUUUUUUUUUUCUCCCCAGUCUCUGUUCUGUGUGGAGGAGCUUUGUGAAAAGUUGCCGUAUGCUUCCUCCAAAGGUCCUAUGGUGUAAGUUCCCUAGGUAUAGCUUCUUGCUAACAGACUUUUUCCUACGCAGUCUCCGAUCCUGUUAGAGCGUAGAAGGCUUUGGCUGACUUCCAGGGGCUGUGAGUUCAGCAGAUUCAACAGUUUUAAAUCCAGGACAUCCAUUCCACAGAACAGGGCAUUUCAUCCUGGCUUCAGCGUGAGUGCCUGGAGCCCAGGGGGAGAUGUCAGCUUUGGGACCUGUGUGUAAUACACGUUACCGUUGUUUUCCUGCUUCCAAGGAACAGGGUCUCUACGCAGUCGUUUUGUCCGAGGCCUUCUGUUAACGCUGGCUGAUAAGGAGGAAUGAAACUACAGAAGCGCUUUCCACAUUUCCUUCCUGAGUGUACUGACAGUCGGCCGUGCUGAGUUUAGUGGUGUUGACUGUUGGCAAGCCUGCACCUAGCAGCUGGGAUGAUGCUGAAUUCAUAGUCUCUGCUUCUGAAACGUAACUGUAAAUACUAGGAAUCCUAUUUCUUUAGGGUUAUGUAACUAGGAGUCUUAGUCCAAGAUUCUUUCCUCUAACCCUUGCCAACCUUCCUGCUUUAUGGUUAAUAGAUGAUCUUAAGAAUCAAGAAAUAUUUAUUGCUUUUAAAGAAACCUA